AGAACAUCUCGAGAAAUCACUUGCAAUCAAGACAGAAAUCGGUGACAUAGAUGGAGUAGCCACCUCUUACAUGAGCCUUGGAUUGUUGUAUCAAUCAGUUGGCGAAGAAGAUAAGGCUAAUGAACACUUGGAGAAAGCAUUGGCGAUCAAGAGAAAAACUGGUGACAAGGAGGGAGUAAUUAUGUGUUGCAAUAAUCUCGCCUUUUUAUUUUCCUCUCUUGGUAAAUAUCCCAAGGCUAACAAAUAUAAUCAGGAAGCACUUUCCAUCGCAUCAGAAAUUGGACACAGGGAGGGGAAAGCCUUCUCUUUAUUAGCGCAAGGAAAUAUCUUGUACUCAAUUCAUAACUAUGUCAAGGGUAAAGAGUAUUACGAAGAAGCAAUUGCCAUCUGCAAAGAAAUUGGACAACGAUAUUUAGAAGCCGGUUGUUGCAUAUGUUCAGGAAAGGUUCUUUUCAAAGAUGGUGAAUAUGUUAAGGCUGAAGAACAUUACACGAAGUCACUUGCCAUUAGUGAGGACAUUGGAGAUCUUUCUCUGCAGUACCAAUCGCUCAAAGAACUAGCAUGCUUAAGAAUACAAGAAGGCAAGAAUCAGGAAGCUACCACGUACUUACUUACUGCCGUCGAAAAAUGCGAGAAAAUGCGCGGCUCCCUACGAGAUAACGAUCAAUGGAAGAUAUCGUUUUCGGAUAACAAAAUUUCUUCCUACAAGAUCCUCUGUACAUUGCUUUGUAAAACCAGAAAUCUCGUGCCAGCUUUGUAUGUUUCAGAGCUUGGGAAGGCCAGGGCUUUGGCAGAUUUGAUGUCAGCUAAGUACUCUGUGAAGAAUCAAGUAUCCGCUAAUCCUCAAACAUGGUCUGGAAUUGAAAGCAUCAUCGACAGAGAACGUAAUUGUUCUUGUCUAUACCUCUCCUAUUCUUUUGACAGCAUGUAUAUCUGGAUUCUUAAAAGAGGUGGAGUCACGUAUUUCCGAGAAAUUGAGGGAAAGGACCUUAUUGCUUACGAACGACCUGUUAAAAAUCUUGAAGACUUUUUUGCCAACAAAAGCUUUAGAAGUUUUGGCACGUCACCAUGGCCAACGGAGCUACGCAAAGAUGAGUCUUUAAAUGCCAUACAAGGUAAAUCCAAUUCAUGGGAGGAUGACAGCUAUGAAGGUUUCCGGAUUGGAAAUGAAAGUAAAGAGAACCAAGGUCCAAAAAUGAAUCUUCCUCUGUGUUACAAACUAAUCAUCGCUCCUGUGGCUGACUUGCUUGACGGCUCGGAAAUCAUCAUCGUUCCCGAUCGUUCUUUAUACAACAUUCCAUUUGCCGCGUUGCCUGAUGAAAGUGGGAAGACCUUAUCAGAAACUUUCAAGAUCCGGGUCGCUCCUUCUUUAACAACUCUCAGGCUCAUCCUUGACAGUCCAGCAGACUAUCACAGUCAGACCGGUGCACUGAUAGUGGGGAAUCCUGAUGUUGGUGAGGUGAUUUUCAAAGGAUGUCUAAAGUCCAUUUCGCGACUGCCUUACGCAGAAGUGGAAGCGAAGAUGGUAUGAAGAAAGCUGGGUGUUGAGCCUUUACUAGGACAGCAGGCUACUAAGCAGGCGGUACUUCAAGCAAUGGAUUCGGUGGCUCUGAUUCAUUUGGCUGCUCACGGUGAUGCAGAAAGAGGAGAGAUUGCCCUGGCACCUUCUUUUCGCAUUCCUAACGGUAUUCCUCGAGAAGGGCUCUACUUAUUGACAAUGUCGGACAUUUCAAAACUUCAACUGCGAGCUAAACUGGUAGUCCUUAGCUGUUGCCAUAGUGCACGUGGAGAGAUUAAGGCCGAGGGAGCGGUAGGAAUUGCUCGAGCAUUCCUAGGAUCUGGCGCACGCUCAGUGUUGGUGUCACUGUGGGCCAUAGAAGACAACUCAACAGAGCAGUUAAUGAGUCAGUUCUACGAUCACCUUGUUCGUGGGGAAAGCGCUAGUGACUCUCUUCACCAGGCUAUGAAGUGGAUGAGAUGUAACGGCUACUCUGACGUGAAGCAGUGGGCGCCUUUUAUACUGAUUGGGGAUAACGUGAACUUUGAUUUUGGAAAGUAAGGUAAGUUUACUUGAAAAAGCGCUUUCUGUUUUCUAACAAAGGAUUCGUGGUAACUGUUCAGUAUUUUGCUGAGGAAUUAUCGAUCGGACUGAGUGUGUUUUCAAGAAGAGUAAGGUGCAGCAUAUCUGAUUUUUUGAUUACUAUUGUUUUUCUGUUCUUCUGCGCGGACAUGGUAUUUUAUAAUAACUGACCUGCUUUCGAUGAGAAUAGGGGCCAUGAAAUUACGUAACCUGAAAAGCAGGCUUCACCGACGAAAUUUCGGAUAUUCAUCGCACUCAGCUGUAAACGUUACAGUGGAACUUCGCAUGGUUCCAGCAAAGAUUCUUAUCAAACAAUUAAGGAAGCCACUACCCAUAUAUUAUUGUAGUGGUGUUUCAUGUAAUCGCGAAGUACGUUUGAGAAAUUUAGA